GACAUUUUGUGUCAACUGUCACGUUUGACAUUGACGUAAAUAAAAAUCAAAACAAAGUGCUAUCAACGUCUUUGUGCAUUCGAUUAAAAGUGUUUGUGCCUUCGUUCGUUAUAAUAAAAAACAUUAAAAUGUCUAGCGAUAUGGAUAAAUUAAAAAAACUACGCGUUAUACGCUCACAGUGCAAAGGAACCAUUACAAGAAUCGACAGUUUUGUCAAGGAUCCAGAAACUUUGGCAGCCGCCAGCGCCGAUAUAUUAGAGGCGCGUAAAGAGAAGCUCAUUUCCACCUUAAAAAAUUACGAAGAGGUGCAAAUGGACAUCCUUAGCAUUGAUGAGAACGACGGUGAACAGGUGGGAGAGGUUGAAGACAAAUAUUAUUCUAUAUUAGCCAAAAUUAAUAGCUCCCUUAAAAUGCUAAACACGAAAGUGACUGCGGAGUGCCACAACGCAUCCACAUGGCCACAACACAUUGCUGCAUCAGGAGCGCAAUGUGAAUGUGGAUAAGCCCAGGACAAAUAAUGAUGACAGUCAGCAGCCACUAUCAUCUGAUACUGGUGAGUUUGAAAUUGAAAUUGCUGUUAAUACUAUUUUAAAUUGUGUGUCAGAUAGUGGUGUUUUGCUGCCAACCAUAAAAGUCAUAUUACUAACUAAUAAUAAUGAACAGGUGGUAUGCAAGGCAUUACUAGACACUGCAUCUCAAGGCAGUUUUAUAAGGUCAGAUUUGGUAAGCAGGCUUGGCUUAAAACCUGUAAUAGAGCCAAACAAUAUUAUUGGUUUCCGUAAACAACUAUGUAAAGUAAAUGAGUAUGUAAUUUUGACUAUUCAAUCAUGUAAAAAUAAUGUUAAAAUAAUAUUGAAAUGUCAUAUUAGUGAUGAAAUUACUUCCAAACUGUCUCAAAGAUCAUUAGAUGUAUCUAAAUAUCACAUUUUAAAAAAUAUAACUUUAGCUGAUGACACAUUUUACAUGACAAGUGAUAUUCCUCUGUUGCUUGCAGCCAACAUCUAUUUUAAAAUAUUGUUGCAGGGUUGCAUAAAAACUGAAAAUGGACCGGUAUUCCAGAAUACCAUGUUAGGAUAUAUUGUCGGAGGAAGUAUUCCUGAAAAAGGUACCACAUGUAAUAUUGUAACAAAUUUAGUCAAUAUAUCUGGUGGUGAAAAAUUGGAAAAUGUAAUGGAGCAAUUCUGGCUUUCUGAAAAACUUCCUGAAGUGGAAAAAUCUACAAAUGAUGAAUUUGUACAAGCUGAAAAAAUAUUCCAGGACUCUGUUUCAGUAAAAGACAAUAGAUUUUAUGUUGAUAUGCCAUUAGCUUUCCCCAUGGAAGAGUUAGAGUUAGGUGACUCAUUUUCUGUUGCCUAUAAUAGAUUCAUAAUGUUAGAAAAAAGGUUCAAAAAUGAUCCUUUGCUAUUUGAACAAUAUAAAAAAUUUAUUGACCUGUACCUGGAACUAGGACAUGCAAAGAUAGUUGA